AUGUUGCAACUCGACCCUGACUUCAUCCGUAUGGACGCCGAAGCUGAAAGAGCCAAGGGUUUUGUGAGAUGCAAGUUCAACGAACAGAUCGACUCGAUACCAAUAUACAAUGCCUCCCCUUCAGAACGCCAAAGAGCAGUAGAAGCCGCAACUGCUGCGCGAAAAUCAUGUCGCGAACUAGCUAGCGAGUUCCACGCCGUCCUACCAAGAGAGCUUCGAAACAUGAUAUACGCCUACAUCGUCGGCCCGACAGCUCAGCCUCAAACUACACCGGAAUAUAGCGGAAUGUGGUGGCGUGUCGAGUGCGGCAAGAGCAUACGCAUUGGCUGGUUAGACUCGCAAUGGGGCGAGGGUAUUGAAGCACUCGACAUCUGCGGUGAAAGUCUACACAUGCAACCCAAAUGCUGGGCUAUGGAUCCAGCAUACUUUGGAGCGCACGCAGCCCAAGAGCUUACAGAAACUUACUACAGUAUCAACAGUUUCUACAUCACGUCUGCCCAGGAGAUGAGCAACCUGUUCCGCGCCGAUCCCUUCAAGCUCGGAAUGAAGCCGUAUCAGUUUAUCCGCAAGUUCACGCUGGUGCUCAACUUCUCCGGAACUGGAAUGCAAAGCGAGGACGAAGUGGCGGCUCUUCACAAUAACCUCCAGGACCUCCAGCUACUACCUCCGAAACGUAAACACGAAAUUUGCAUUCGCCUCGAGACAGCUUUCCAAAUUGGAGAAAUCAAACUUGGUGGGUAUCGAUAUCGUCAUCCCUACGACAUGGAAGAUGAGCGGGUUAUGCUCAAUAUCCUCGAGUCGAUCAGACGGCCCGAGGAAGUCGGUCAGGGUGUUCCAGGCAAAUUUAGAGGACUGGUGUACACCACGCCAAAAGACAAUUGA